AUGUCCGACAGUCUCAAGGUCGAAGUGCAGUUCGUUCAGCCCUCGAGUUUCUACGUCAGCCAGAGCCCUCAUCGUAUGAUGCCUCAAGGUUUAGCAAUCACUCACCGUGGCGAGCCUGAUCGACAGGGCGCACGGAUCUCACCCCUCCCGGAGGAAGAGCGGGCCCAAGCAAUGCUUGACUAUGAGCGUACUAUUGGCGCACCGGAUUUCUCACGCUCCCGAUCAGCCACUCCGCAUGGUGUCAUCUCCCCUCAGCCUAUGCGGGCCAACGACCUCGCAGUCCCGACAGUUGCCACCAAGAGGCCUACCUCUACCCAAACGGCGGAGAUUCCUUCUUUCGCGGCCGACGAUGCCGCGUCCUGGCGCCUUACGAAGAUUACGAAGAAAGGUCCUGCCUAUUCUGCAAACGUGUCAGAUCCCGCACAGCCUGCCCGAUCUGGUUCACCACCCUUUCAAGCCAGGUCCAGCCAUGAUCGUACCUUUCAGCCUGCCCAACCUUCCCAGCCCGUACCCAAUCGCCCGCCUCCCCAGUCGAAGACUGACAACGUCUUCAAUCCCAGUUCUGACGCAGCACCAACCCGUGAGCCUUUCCUUGACCGCCUGAAUGCUCAAUCCCCCGACGUACAACAACACCAUGCCCAUACCCGUCCUAUCAACCACAUGGGACAAGCACCCAAGUAUCCAGCCUUUCGCCGACCUCUCAACAACCUUCCCCAGAAGACUGCUAUGGAUACUCAGCGAGAUGCCUCUCAUCCUGUCGUCAACAACCACGGACCGACUUUAGCCGGAUCUUUCAGCAAAGUCUGCAAGGCAGACGAACACCCCGGCCGAGGAAACCUACAGGAACUGAUGUUUGUUGACGACUCCGAUCUGGUUGACUUUGACGGUGAUGGCGAUGCCGGUGUUCUCAAGACUCCUAUGAAGCGGAUGAAGGGCGACGAGAGUGCGAAGAGUAUCUUCAAUUUUACCCCAAACGCCAAAAAUACUUUCAAGGUAGACAAGAUUGGACCCGAGCCCCGCUUCGUGAUCCCGGAGGCCUUGAGUGACCACACCUCUAUCCUCAAGAGCGUCAACCCACAAGCUAUAUGGCAAGAGCGACUCAAGGCGGCCAAGGAAUUCUCUCAUCAGGCAGAAUGGAUAGACUCAGCUGGGUUGGUCGAGGACCAGAAGAGAAAGUUUGAAGGCGUCAAGCAGAACUGGGACCACAUCUACAACCGCAUGAGCGAUCUUGUUCGGACCAAGAACCAGGUCUUCCAGCACAAGAGUGUUCUCACGGAUAAAUAUGUGGACGCAGGAGAUCACUUGGCAGAGCAGUGCGUCGAGCUUCAAUUGGCGACUCGCAACACGAACAAGCGGAGGCGUAUCGCCAACUAG